UCUAUCCAUGGCCCUUGCCAAGGACCCUAAGGAUUCUGAUCCACAGAUGAGCUUGCUCGAUCAGGCCUCUACAUAUUUCUCAGCUCAGGUUUCCGAGGAAUCCUCUCCCGAUCAGAUUUACGUGAACAAGGCGGUGCCUGACGGCGGAGAUCCCUCGGAUAAGGCCGCCGGCGCCGUCUAUGUCAAGAAAUUCGCCGUCGCCGUGAGCCGCUCUUCCUCACUUUCCAGUCCCAGCAGCACCAAUUCCAGCGGCGGCUACGUCUAUGGCGGCGCCGCAAACUGUCAGCCCGAGGAAGCUCACAGCUCUGUGAUCAACUUCAAAACUAGAUGCAACAAUAGUACUUCCAUGCGUGGCUCUGGAUCUUUUCUCAGCUUCGAACAAAAUGAUCAUCAGAAUAAUGACUACUACUCGAUCUGGGAAGACAAUCUGUUCCACGGCAUCUCGAGUUCACGCCUGUUGCCUGAUUUCAACUGUGUUCAAUCUUGCACGAGAGAGACCCAACAUGGGCCGGCCGGAGAUUCAUUUGGGUGGCCGAAUUUCGAAGCAGAUACCGCCGCCAUUUCCACCAUUCAGGAGUUUGGAACACAAGAAUUAGCAAGCUUCAAUAAGCGUCCCCAUUCGGGAGAGAGCGGUCAAGCUGGGAGUGGGAAGAGACAGUGCAGCGCCACUGGAGAAACAAAGAAGGCGAAGCCAAAGUUAACUACUGUAUCCAAGGACCCACAGAGUGUGGCAGCAAAGAACCGACGGGAAAGGAUCAGUGAGAGGCUAAAGAUACUGCAGGAGCUUGUUCCUAAUGGUUCCAAGGUUGAUUUGGUUACCAUGCUGGAGAAAGCCAUAAGCUAUGUCAAGUUUCUUCAGUUACAAGUGAAGGUGUUGGCAACGGAUGAGUUCUGGCCUGUUCAAGGAGGAAAAGCUCCUGAUAUUUCUCAAGUAAAGGAAGCCCUUGAUGCCAUCCUCUCAUCUCAGAAAGACACAAUCUCCAGCUCCAAAUGAUCAUUCCGUUUCAACUCAUCAACAACAAGAAGAAGACGAAGACGAAGAAGAAGAAGAGUUCAAUGGAUCGAGUUGCAGAUAUAAUAAUAUUAGUAGUAAAAACCAUUAAAAGUUAUGGUUUGGAACUUAGAAACACUACUUGUGAGGACAGAAUUAAUCUCUUGAUCUGAUGAUGGAAUGAGAGACUUGAAGACGUCUCAUGCACUUGCACUUUCAAUUACAUAUC